CCCUUACUGUUUCAUUCCCAAACCUUAGUUAACCCCAACACCAACAACACAAUAAUAAUAGAAACCCUUAACCUUAACCUUAACCUAACCGAAUGGCUGAGGAGUUCACGGAAUCUGAGGUUGUCUUUCCCGACCACCGCGCCGUCCACGACUGGGUAGUAGAGAUGGCGCCGCAGCCGCAGCGGAAGGAGAGGGAGAAUUGUCGACGGACGGCGGCGAAUUCGAUGCCGGUGAGCAUACCGGGGAGGGAGGGGCGGCGGCGGUGGGGCUCCCCCGAGGAGGAGGCGGAGGAGGAGGAGAUGACGCCGCCGCACGAGAUCGUGAAGAGGAGGGUGGCCGCAAAAAUGGCGUUUUCGGUGUGCACGGGGAAUGGGAGAACGUUGAAGGGACGCGAUUUGAGUCAGGUCAGGAAUUCGAUCCUCAGGUUAACUGGGUUUCUGGAAGCAUGACAACAGUUUCGUACAAUGGAAGAUGCAAAAAAUGGAAAAUUAAAAAAAAAAAAAAAAUUGUCUCCAUUUCUUCAUUUUCUUGCUUUGUUAUUUAAUUGAUUGAUUAAUCGGGGUAGCUUGAGAUCGUUUUUGGAGUCUCGUUGAUUGUAAAAGGGAACAUUUGAAGAUUAGAAAUGGAAUAGAAUGAAAUAAAAUUAAUUUAUUGAUUUUCAUAUA